GGCACACACACGGUGGCAGACGGACAGACAGACAGACAGACAGGGGAGGAGAAAGAAACGAAAGCCACACGACUGGCACGAUUGUACGCACCGAUGAGUCGAGCAUCCACACACGGCAGAGGGGUGGUCGGCGCGAGAGCAUCGGUCGCAUGGACGAACGUCGACAUACGCCAUCCGCCCCGAGGGUUGGCAGGCAAGCACACAGCAUGAAGGCCGCCCACGCUCCCCAGGAUGGACGGGUAACACACACACACACACACACACACGUGCAACUUAACCAACCACAAAGAAGGAAUCAAUGGGCCUCGCCCCCGGCUCACAUGGACACGGACACCUACACACACAUGCACGACUUCAGGCAGGCAGGCAGGCAGGCAGGCAAGCAGGCAGGCCGGCAAGCAGGCUGCUCUCAUUGCGUUGCAGCAAGUGUCAGUGGUUGUGGCCUUCAUGGCCCUCCUCAUGCGCCGCCCCAGAGUGCUCGUGCUCGUGCGUCAUCCCCUCCAAGACACCAAUCCCAACCAUGAUGCCUGCACACACAGACGAACCCACAUCACACACACAUCCCUCUCCCUCCCUCGCUCUCUCUGUGUGUGCGGUGCCUUGUCGGAUGACUCCCUCACCGAGUGCAACGGCCAUCAUCACCACAGCCACCAGGAUGGCCACCCACUGCCCCAUUACCGCAGGCUGCCCCUCAGCCCCCUUGCCAGUCAUCUCGGUGUGAAGCUUCAGUGCGAUAGGUCCCAGUACCAGCAGCCCGAUGGACAGCCAGGCGCCACAGGUGAAGGCCAGGCAGUAGCGCUCGAAAUCCUGCACCACGGAUGCGAGCAUGGUGGAGAAGCCGAGGCCCACGACGAUGCCGACGAGAGACGUGACGGAGGCGGCGAUGUUGACGGUGAUGACCAGGCAGUUGCUCAGGCCACUGAGACGUAGCACGGCGUAGUCACUGAGCUCCUGAAGACAUGAAGGGUUCGUUCUUCCUGGUUGGCCACACGGUGUGAGUGUGUGUACCUGUGGGAUUUCGUGAGCCAGGAUGGCGAUCGAGGUCACCACGCCGACAAACCACCCCACGUACCACGCUAUCCCUGACAGACAUAGACAGAUGCAGCGAUUGACAAAUCACAAGCCUGCUCCCUCCUCCUCCUCACCGACAGUGAUUCCAUCGACAAAAUUGCAGACCACAUCUCCUGCCAGCGCCGCCCAGCCGUACGACUCCACCGACCGCCAGUCAAAGCGAACUUUCGCCUUCUUGACGCCGCUCUCCGCCACCGCCACCUCGCCUGCUUUCGCCUCUGCACUGUCGUCGCCGUUCUCCCCUGCCCUCCCCUCCUCAAUCUUCUCCCCCUCACGUGACGGGGUCUUCUCGGCAUCGUCAGCCACCGUGGCCGACGUGCGCUCGGCAGGGAUGCGGCGAGAGGGGGGCUGAGGGUUGGGGUGGUGGUGGUGGUCGUGGUCGUGGUGGUGGCCGCCAUGGAUGCUUUGCAGCAGCUGCGAGAAGAGGACGACGGCCAGGCAGCCGGCGAAGGCGGUGAUGCCCAGCUUGGUGACGGCGUCGUGGGAGGCGCCCUCGAGUGCAUGGGGGUACAGAUGGAUCAGGGAAUCGCUCUGGAGGACACGCCCAACGCACACAGGCAGACAGACAGACAGACCGUCACCACUUAGCGUUAUCAAUGGUGUGUGUGCGCGUCGGGGUGGGGGUGGGGUUGGCUCACCACCAUGACAGCGAUGGAUAAGACGACGAGGGCGUAUUGGAGGCCCUUUCCAACAGCGCCCUUUCCCAGACACUGCAGCACGAACACACCGACCAGACUGUUGACCGACAAGAUCACACCUUAACAUAGCAGAAUGCAGCGCAACAAGAACAGUGCAAAGGACUGGCCGAGAUGUCCACUGCCUGCCUUUCGCCCACCGGUGACGAUGGCGGCCAGCCACCUGUAUUCGAUAGGGAAGGUCUCCCAAUCUUCUGCCAGCUCAGCGUCCGCCUCCCCUGCAGACACUGCGGCCACUCCUCCCCUCUCUGGGUGCGCCGCGUGAUCGUGGUCGCCGUGUGUAUCAUGGUCGCUGUGGUCAUGUUCCUCUGUGCCAGCCACUGCCGGCAACGAGAAGACCUCGUGUGCGUCUUGUGCCGAGAUCUGGCAGGGUAAAAAGACGACUGCAGCGAGAGAUAUGACGAGCAGCGCGUACAAUGGGGAUGCCAUUUAACUGUGACGAGCAGCUUUUUAACAUUC